AUGGACUGCAAUUUGAUGGCUGCGUUGAGGCAAGUGAUAAACAGGAAGUCCAGUCACAUUCUAGUCACCGGUGACUUCAACCUACAUGCCCUCGAAUCCCAGGCCACACCAGGAGAGCAAUUCAAAGCAUACCUGCAAGAUCUGGUUUCAGACUACCCUCUUUAUGGCCACGUCACUACGCCCACCAGAUUCAGGGGAACUGACAGGCCAUCCAUGUUGGACCGAAUAUUCACCAAUGAAGAAUUAAUGGUCGAGAGAGUAAUAACCGAUACUCCUUUGGGCCGCAGUGAUCAUGCGACGCUAUUGUUUCAUUACAUGUGCUACGCUGAUUAUCCUAAAGAGCAUGCCGAGGAAUAUCGUGUCGUAACCAACUAUGAAGACCUGUCCGACCUCAUUGAUGCAACCAGCUGGUGUUUCUUAGCUGAAUUAACCCCCAAAGUGGCUUACGGUGAAUUCGUCAACAUAUUUACCAAGCUCGUGGCAAGGACAUCUGAAACCAAACUCUACCGGCCUAAAAGGAUGAAGUCUUUCGUAAGGAGCAGGACACGUAAGUGCAUGGCACUAAGGGACUUU